CCCUAAAAUCAAAUACGAAGACGGAAACGAACGAAACCGAAAGCAAAAUCCCUGCCCCACGCCCCCGAUUGGACGCGCAAUCGAAACCCUAAACCCCCUGUUUUGGAUUCGCUUGGUCCAACCUUGCGAACUUCGUUAUCUGGUUUUCACUGUCUUGGUAUUGCGGAGGCCGCGUGUUCUUAUCCCCUGACGGACGUAGACGAAAUGAAUUGAAGCCAGUUGCAGCAAGCUGUAGAGAAGAAUUUGACAAGAAAUAAAGAACUGGAAUUUGAAUUGUAAGAAGUUGCGGAUGAGAGAUGAGGAUGCUAGAAUAUCAUUCUCACCCAGCCUGAAUCCUGAAACCCUGAACCCCAAAUCUCAAAGACGGAAACCCUCCCUCACCGCCUCUCGGCAUCACCUCCCUCUCUCCGUCCGGCGGCGUUCGUGUUCCGCUUGGGACUCUGGGUUUCGGUUUGGACUGCCUCGAAUCCCUCUCUCCGACUCUGUCAUCCCUUUCGCCCCUGGACUCCCUCUGUUCAACUCCCACUCUUGCUGUGGCUCUCCAUCGGCUCUCACCCUCUCACAGAAUCGCGUCUUUCUGAGUCUACUAUGAGUUAUACUGGGAAUGAAUGACGACUUGGCUCUUCAACAAUUCAACUGGUGAACAGGUAGGGAUAUUGAACCUUAUGGAUAUAAUUGAAUCCAUCCUCAAUAUUCCUGUGCAAGAUCCACCAGAGGAGGAGUUCUCUUCAGCUGACUUGGAUUGGUCAAAGUUUGGAACUGCUGAGCGUCAUGAUGAUGUAGCACUUAUUCCAUAUGAAAGAGUUGAUGCAUUCAUUAUUGGAGAGUGCUCUAACCUAGAAUCACCAACACGAUUCCAUAUUGAGAGGGGAAGAAAACGGUCAAAAGGAAGCUUAAAGGAGUACAAGAGCGAUGAGUAUUUGGAGUAUAGGCUGUACUGGUGUUCCUUUGGUCCUGAAAAUUAUGGGGAAGGUGGAGGUAUUUUACCAAGCCGAAGAUAUCGGCUCAACACCCGAAACCGUGCUGCCAGACCUCAAUCUAUGAGGGGAUGCACAUGCCAUUUCGUAGUGAAACGGCUGUAUGCUCGCCCAUCGCUUGCACUUAUUAUAUAUAAUGAUAGGCGCCAUGUAAACAAGGCAGGUUUUGUCUGUCAUGGGCCACUUGAUCGAGAUGCAAUUGGUCCUGGUGCUAAGAAAAUUCCGUACAUAUGUAAUGAAAUUCAACAGCAAACUAUGUCUAUGAUCUAUCUGGGCAUUCCUGAGGAAAAUGUAUUGGAGAAGCACAUUGAGGGGAUACAGCGGUAUUGUGGUUCAGAUGCAAAAGUAAAUAGCCUUGCUUCUCAGUAUGUCCACAAACUUGGCAUGAUUAUCAAACGGUCUAGCCAUGAGUUGGAUCUAGAUGAUCAGGCUAGCAUUAGACUGUGGCUUGACCGCAAUAAGAAAUCUGUAUUCUUUUAUCAGGAUGGAUCAGAAGCUGAUCCAUUUAUCCUGGGGAUUCAAACUGAAUGGCAAUUGCAACAAAUGGUACGUUUUGGCCAUCACAGUCUUAUGGCAGCUGAUUCAACUUUUGGAAUAAAGAGGCUUAAGUACCCCUUGUGCACUCUUCUUGUUUUUGAUUCAAGACAACAUGCACUCCCUGUUGCGUGGGUCAUUACACGUAGCAUUGCAAAGCAUGAUGUGUCAAAAUGGAUGAAAGCUUUACUAGACCGUGUUCGUGCCUUGGACCCCGGCUGGAAGAUCAAUGGGUUUUUGAUUGAUGAUGCAGCAGCAGAGAUUGAUCCUAUAAGGGAGACGUUUUCUUGUCCUAUCCUGUUCUCCCUUUGGCGGGUUCGUAGAUCAUGGUUGCGGAACAUUGUCAAGAGAUGCAGUAGCAUCAAAGUCCAGCGAGAGAUUUUCAAACGCCUUGGACAAAUAGUAUAUGGCAUUUGGCAUGGAGUGGAUUCUUUGGUUGCAUUAGACGAAUUAACCCAAGAUUUUAUUGACCAAACAAACUUUGUGCAAUACUUCAAGGCCUCUUGGGUGCCUAAGAUUGAAAUGUGGCUUUCCACAAUGAGAACCCUUCCUCUUGCAAGCCAGGAGGCAGCUGGUGCCAUAGAAGCAUAUCAUGUAAAGCUGAAAGACAAACUAUAUGACGAUUCACCUCUUGGGGCACUCCAGAGAGUAGAUUGGUUAGUGCACAAGCUGACAACGGAGUUGCACUCAAGCUAUUGGCUUGAUCGGUAUGCAGAUGAAAGCGACUCCUUCCAAAAUCUCAAGGAGGAAUAUAUUGCAUCUACCUCAUGGCACCGGGCAUCUCAAAUUCCUGAUUCUGCUGUCAUCUUGGAUGAUAAGGACCACCUGUUUGCCAAGGUGGUGAGCCAAAAAGACAGCAGUAUCACACAUUUAGUAUGGAAUCCUGGAUCAGAAUUUGCUUGUUGCGAUUGUUCUUGGUCAAUGCAGGGAAAUCUUUGCAAGCAUGUCAUAAAGGCAAAUAUGAUCUGCGAAGAUCGGCAAGGCUAUCAAGCAUCCAUGUCAUAUCAAUCAUUUAAGGAGAUAUUAAUGAAUCUGUGGAAACGACCAACUGAUGAUUCAGUUGCGCUGGAUCUAUCAAUGGCCUGGACGCACCAAAUGCUUGACCAAAUUCAGAAACUUGUUGAACUGAACAGUUCCAGUGAUAUUGGAUUUGUAGUAAAUAAUUUGCCGCUGAAAUGGGUUGCUAAGAAAAGUAGAACAUCUAUUGGCAAGCCUCCUUCCUCCUUGGCCGUGUCAUCUAUCUCGAGGAGCAUUCCUGUUCCACGCAAGAAGAAUCGAAAGAGGAAGAGAUUAUCGCGAUUGAGAUGACAACUUAAGUAGGUAAAGAUCAGACCUUUCUCUGUCGGAUCCAUCUUACAACACAUGCAAUAUGCUUAGAAGGCGAAGUAUAUUACAUUCCAGUCUGAUUUUGUUACUGGAAAUCUUGCUACUCAUCAACUGGAGAGAUGUUUGAUCAACCGCCAGGUCAGGUAUAUGCAGCAGCAGUGAUACCCAAUCUGUAUAUUUCUGGAGAGUAGUGAGCCAAGGCAUGUUAGAUAUAUUACAAGCUUGCAUUUCUGGCACAUGGCCGGGCGAAUUGGAAGGUAAAUACUUUGCGGGAGGAGGUAGCUGUUAAAAGAGUCAUCUUGGGCCUCAUGUAAUGAUGCUCGGCAAUUAUCAUGGCCCUGAUUUCAUGGAUUUUUCAUUCUUUUGACAUUUUCACCGAGGCAUCUUCCUCCUUGUACAAGUUUUUUGUUAGAAAUAGCAUGGAAAAUGUCCCCUUUCCUAUGUUUAAAUUAAUGUUAAUAAUCAUGUUUUAUAGUUUUGCAUUAUGGAUAACAUUUACAGGCAGGUUUGUCGAA